AUGCCAUUCUUCUCCAAGAAGAAGGACGAACAAUCACAGCAGCCUCUCGACCAGACCCACCCUGUUGCCAACAUGUCCUACGAGCCAAAGCCCGUACCCGUCGACUCGACUGGCCCACCGCCACCCGACUACAUCAAUGACCGCCACGGCAUUCACGACCAGGGAGCCGUUCCUCCUCACAGCGGCGCUGCCCCGCAGAACAGCUAUCCCAUGAACAACAUGAACGGCCCUGGCCCGGGUCCCGGCUUUGGUGGCCACCCUCACGGCCCCCAGGGCACACCCAUCGCCUCGCUAGGCCCCCACCCAGCGCCAAUCAACUGUCCCAAUUGCCACCACAGCGGCAUCACGGCCGUCGAGUACUCGUCUGGCGGCUUCACCCACGCCCUCGGUGCCUUGGUGUGUUUCGUGACCUGCCUAGGCUGUAUCCCCUACUUCUUCACGAGCCUCAAGGAUGCGACGCAUAAGUGCGCCAAGUGCGGCAUUCCCCUUGCCACGUAUCAUCGCAGUGGCAGGACCGAGGUUCACCUGAGCGGCUAG